AUCUCGGGGAAAACAGCCGCCCUUGCAAGCGGCUCACGCACGCAGGGGCACCGCCGCCUGUUCACAGUGGACGGUUGGCAUAGCUGCGCCGUGCCUGUCGCCAGCUCGAGGGCAAAGGGGGUGUUUUCUGGGACCCCUCAAGGGCUCGAACCCAGUGCCGCCGCCUGGACCGCUCCUGGAGUCGCUCCCUCUCGUGUGGCGACGCCCCCCCCCCCCCACCCCCCCCGUUCCUGUUCCACGGCGCGGGACUUCGACAGGUGCGUCACCCAAAAAACUUUGUGUGAGCCUUCUUUUAUCACUCCCUGAGAACGAGGACGAGGAUGAGGAUGACGAAGACGUGCGGGGUGCUGUGGAUGCUCUGGGCCAGCGUCCUGCUCGCUCUCUCAGGUGCUUCAGAGACUGAGCGGCUGCUGCUGAAGAAGCUGUUUAAGGACUACAACCUGAAGGUGCGGCCCGCACGCACCUGGGACGAGAAGGUGACUGUGCGGGUGGGGAUGACCCUCUCCCAGCUGAUUGGCCUGAACGAGAAGAACGAGGAGAUGACAACCAACGUUUUCAUGAACCUGGCAUGGACAGACUAUAGGCUUACCUGGGUUCCUGAGGCGUUUGAUAACAUUACCGUUCUGAGAAUUCCUCCAAACAAGGUGUGGCGUCCCGACAUCUACCUCAUAAACAAUAACGACGGGCAGUUCGACGUGGCUCUGUACGUGAACGUGCUGGUGAACUGCAACGGGACGGUCAACUGGCUUCCUCCCGCCAUCUACCGGAGCUCCUGCUCCAUAGAGGUGGCGUACUUCCCUUUCGACUGGCAGAACUGUUCCAUGGUGUUCCGCUCCUACACGUACGACGCCUCGGAAGUGGACCUGCAGUACGCGCUGGACGAUGACGGCCAGGAGAUCCAUGAGAUCAUCAUCGACGAGAACGCCUUCACUGAGAACGGCGAGUGGCAGAUCUGCCACACGCCGUCCAGGAAGAACGUCCGCGACGACUUGUACGAGGACAUCACCUUCUACCUGAUCAUCGAGAGGAAGCCGCUCUUCUACAUCAUCAACAUCAUAGUGCCCUGCAUCCUCACCAGCAUCCUGGCCAUCUUCGUCUUCUACCUGCCUCCUGGUGCUGGUGAGAAGAUGACCCUCUCCAUCUCCGUGCUCAUCGCGCUGACUGUCUUCAUGCUCCUGCUGGCGGACCGGGUCCCCGAGACGUCGCUGGGGAUCCCCAUCAUCGUCAACUACGUCAUGUUCACCAUGAUCCUGGUCACCUUCUCCGUCAUCCUCAGCGUGGUGGUGCUCAACCUGCACCACCGCACCCCCAACACGCACCACAUGCCCCUGUGGGUGCGCAAGGUGUUCAUCGACCUGCUCCCGAAGUACCUGGGCAUGCAGAGGCCCCGCCCAGAGCGUCCCCUGGAGGCGGAGCCCAGAGAGGACACGCCCACGUCCCAUCCCAUGUCCCAUAUGGACGGACGCAGGCCGGGCACGGAGUACUUCAUCCGAAAAAUCAACCCCCAGCUGCUGUUGCCCUGGAAAGGCAGGAGUGACAGUACAGUCCAGCUCCAGAGAUACUUUGACACUGAGAGCUACUGCCUGAUCCUCCCUCCAGACCUGAAGUCUGCAAUCACUGCUGUCACUUACAUAGCUGAGCAGCUGAGGAAACAGGACACUGACGGCACCAUGACAGAAGACUGGCAGUACAUCGCCAUUGUUGUGGACAGACUGUUCCUGUGGCUCUUUGUGGUCAUCACCACCCUGGGCACCCUGGCGUUGUUCCUGGACGCCAGCUUCAACUACACCCCGGACCAGCCCUUUGCCUGAGCCUAGUGCCUGGCUCCGCCCAUUCGCUCGGCCAAGAAGAAGAGAGGACUACACUUCCCAUGAUUCCCGCGCUGACCUUUAGUCGCAUUCCAAACCAUGGCUUGGAAUGCGCACCUCCUCCUUGGAAAGCCCUCAAAUGCCCUCAGACCUCCCUUUGGAAAUGAUCAAUCCGAGUGCUGUAACAAAGAGAUCAUUUGAGUGGCCAAGGCAUGAGGCUUUAAGAUGCAAAAGUAUUAACUUCUCAGCACUAUUAGUCCAGAUCUCUUCCAAAAUGGCUUCGGGAAUCAGAACUUGUAUGAGGAGACCGACUCACUAGAUUGAAUAUGCACCAUUAUUAUUAAAUAUUAUACAGCUAUCCAGAGGCAGCUAAUUUAUUAUCCAUUAGCAUAAGAGCAUUUAAAACAAUAUCGUGACAAUUGAUUGUUUCUUUUAUUGACUUGUGGCAUUUAUUUAUGGAGGUACAGUGAAAAUACAACUGCUGCUAUGACAUCAACAGGGUUCGGUUCGCACUUGAUACUGGUGUUUUCAUCUUCCGGUAGUUUAAUACGUUAGUUCGCUAGUUUCUGUUUUUUUAACCCUCUGCUUUUUUUAAUCGGAAGCCACAUUUUUUCGAGGCUGUCAGUCACAUGGGCAGUGGAAUGCUCAGUCUGUUUGGCGGGAAAAUUCUGGAAAUCAGGCUGGGACUUAGAAGGGGGGGGGAGGUAAAUCACAAUCACAGAAUGAGGGUGGGGCGUGUGGUGGGGGGGGGGGGUGUAGACCCCCGUGUCCCUCUGAAAACUUCCAUGGGAGUGUAACAACACCUUACGCUAGGUAAACAAUUAGCCCGGAAGCUGUUUGCCUACCCGCGCCCGAAAGUGGAAAUGGGGGGCGUGGCUGAGGAAACUUGUCUAUAAACCUUUUUUUUUUCUUUUUUCGAUGCACAAUAUAAUUACAUCACAUUUAUUCUCUCCCGAGGGGACGUGUUGACACGAGUACAUUGUAUACAAGUGUGUACAAGCACUGCACCUGUACGUGGAAAUAAUUUCAGUUACACCCAGGUACCCCUGGAACAUCACCAGUGUUCUCUGUACAUCAGUGGUUCACAAGGGUCCCAGCCCUUCCAAAGGGGAAAUAAGAUAUUUGGGGUAAAAAUGAGUGACGGAUCUCUGGGGCCUGUGUUGGGAGCAGAGACUUUAAAAAAUAGGAGCCACUGCUGUAUGCCAAUGAAGUCAGUUGUGUAGUUCAUGAAUUGUGACACCAGAGGGCAGCAGAGGGUAGCGGAUCAUUUUUUUUCUCUCAGUAUUCUCACGUUAUUUGACCUCUGGAGCUGAAUGGGGAGAUGAUCUGUGUAGCCCUUCACUAAUGUUGUAUUGCUUAGUACACACGCACAUGAACCAGCUCAGCUAUGAUAGAAGUUAUAAGUAUUAUGAAUACAAAUUGAAAAUGAUGUUAUUUAAGGAAGCUACUGUCAAGUAUUUUCAAUAAAGAUAUAUUUUAUAUUGUGCUA